UGGAAGUACACUAAGACAAAGUGAAGUUAAAGAUAGAGUACCGACACACCAACAUAUUACCGUCAAAGGCAAUGUUCGGGAGAAAAAUCACCUAAGGCGCAAUAUUUCCUCUCAUAUCUUAGGCAGAUUCGCAUCGAGAAAUUUGGCACGUCUGUCGCAGGUUCUGGUGUUGGACAGCCUAGGCGACAAGUUAGACGCGGGUAGAACUAGAUAGCGGCCGUGCGAUCCAGAACAGAUCCGAGAACUUUUGCAAUCUCGUAGAAAUAUAGUAUUUUCGACCAUGGCAUAUAACGAGGAUUCCUCUGCUUCCGGGCACGAUGAACCCUGGAUUCAAUGGUACGUACUUUGCCAACAUUCUUCGGGUGCCAUUUUUGUUUCUCGCAUGUACGCUCAUAUUUGCAACUUCGAAUCGGUUCGGACACAUCGAAUCAUCUCCUAACGAUGCAUUGUGCUGUGUGAUAUUGUGUCGUAUCAUGCCUCCAUGAAUCGUUACGAUUAGGUUCUGUGGAUUGAAGGGGCACGAAAUGUUUUGCGAGGUCGAGCGAUCCUACAUAGAAGAUGGAUUCAAUUUAUAUGGCUUAAGAACCUGCGUCUCGAACUUUUCUGAUUGUUUAGAUCUCAUUCUAGAUCGCAUCGGACCGGACGAUUCCGAUGAUUCGCAUUUGACACAAAGUGCCUGCACUCUGUAUGGACUAAUACACGCUCGAUACAUUAUUACAGCCCACGGAUUAGAUGCUAUGUACAACAAGGUACGCAACGGAAGACAAAAAGAACCAGACACACAUAUCACCAAGAAAUCAUGUUUUUGAAUCUCACAAACUUCUUCUCUUUCUCAACAUUUUUCAGUAUGCCUCCAAAGAAUUCGGCACAUGUCCACUUGUACAAUGUGCUGGUCAACCGGUCCUGCCAGUUGGACUGAAGGACGAAAUGGGAGCCGAUACGGUCAAGAUUUUCUGUCCUAAAUGCCAAUGCGUGUACCACCCUCCACCUGUUAGGUCACGAAGUAGUCACCAUGGUCCUGCAGGAGCUGCCGGGGUGGACGGCGCCGCAUUUGGAACUACCUUUCCUCAUUUGUUCCUUAUGACAUUUAGCAAUUUAGUUCCCGAUCCGCUGCCGGCGGACUCAGCUUACGUUCCGCGCGUUUUUGGAUUCCGGGUGCAUAUGUCGGCACGCCAGCGCACAAUUGGAGGAUCAAAUGCAUCUUUGUCCACUUCUUCCACCCGACAACAACAGCAACUUGAAUCAAUCACAGCAGAGAAUAAUAAACGGUCGUCAAAUGUGGGGAGGAGGACGUUGGAACAAGACGGCCAAAAAGAUCAAGCAACAUCCAAUCAAAAAGAACGGAAAAGUUCUCUAGUCACGAAUUCAUUGUCGAAUCCUACAAAAGAUAAAGACACCAAUAGUAAAAAAACAAAUUCGGGGAAACGGAAAGAUAUCGAAAGUGGAAAUGGAAAUAAGAAGUCGAAUGGCGACGGCAGUACAUCAUCGAAGCGCAGACGCUAGUCAGAAGACGUAGUUGAAUGAGAAUCAGCAACAGCAGAGGGCAUGGGCCAGCUUUCGGGGUAAAUAUCAGAGACCAAGAUGGAAAAAUCUGAUCUGUCGCUACUUUUCCUUUUUAAUAAAACGAAUCGAAGUGAACAUUUGUACCAUGAAAUGCAGAAGCAGUUAUCUUGGCAUGUAAGAUUACAGGUAUGGAGAAGGAAGAUGCCUCGUGGAGAUAAUAAAUUAUUUUUUUGCCAUGUAGCGAUUGCAGCAGCAUCUUCUUAGUCGGAUGUUCGAGUGCCUCUGAAGGUACAUUACACCUUCCUUUGGGUUAAAAUGGAAAUAACUCGUAGAAGCAACU